AUGUGGCCAGCCGAUGACCCAAUCUCAGCCUAUGGCUUUACAGCCGUUUUAUCAUCAGCUACUACUCUUCUCGCAACAGAUCCUCCAGUAACACCAGCCCCAUCGAUUGCAGUGACCGAAGUCCCGAUUCCAGCAACGUCCCUCGCCCAGCGAAUCAAUGAAUAUGCAAAAUCUCAUCUUCCUGAGCCGACAUACAACCAUUCCCUUCGCGUUUAUCACUUUGGGCUUGCGAUUAAGCGGUACAGAUUCCCCAAAUGGACAUUUACUGAUGAAACAUACUUCCUUGCCUGCCUGCUUCACGAUAUCGGAACAACCGGACCUAACUUAGAGGCCACUAAAUUGAGCUUUGAGACCUUCGGGGGCCUGAAAGCACUGGAAGUUCUGCAGAACCUACAGCCUUCCUUUGCAGGAAGCCCGGUCGCAGUCGCCCCGAAAGAUCAGGCAGAGAGCGUGGUGGAAGCAAUCAUCCGGCAUCAAGACUUGUGCGAGAAAGGUAAAAUCACAGCUCUCGGUCAACUGCUUCAGCUGGCAACAAUCUUCGACAACACUGGCUCUUAUGCCAAUCUCAUUCAUCCCUCGACUAUCCGAGAUGUUUCCACCCAUUUCCCUCGUCUGAAAUGGAGUGGGUGCUUCGCUAGUACCGUUCAUGAAGAGAAUCGGCUUAAGCCCUGGGCACACACAACUACACUUGGCGAAGACGAAUUCCCCAGUAAGGUGCUAGGAAAUACUCUGAUGGCACCCUAUGAAUGA